UCUCGGUACGGCUGCGACUGAGCUCUUUUUAGUUUUUACAGUGAAGACUUCAGAUGGCUUUUCACCUUUCUCCUUCUUCACUCCACGAGGUGCAGAGGCACUAAGUCCAAUCGGAAUGGCCGAGCGGGUUCUGUUAGAUUAUCAAAGAAUGAGCUCAGAUAGUCAUAGUAUGAAAUCUACAUCUGCUACCCCUUCUAAAGAUAAUGAAGUUGACAAUACUAGUGCCCCGCUUUGGAAUUAUGUCACUAGAUUAGAAAAGGUUGGUGGAAAUGGUGGAAAUUGGAAGUGGCAGUGCAAAUUUUGCAAUGUGAUUUAUACUUCCUCUCAUUCUCGAGUGAAGGCACACUUACUAAAAAUAGGUAGGUGUGGGAUAGCAGUGUGCAAGAAAAUUACUGCAGAUUCUGUAAGUGAAAUGAAUAGGGUAAUUGAACAAGCGGAAAUGAGGUCAAGACCUCUACAAAUUCGACCUCCAACUUCCCAAUCUGUAGGCCACGGGCAACCACUUAUGAGUCAAAGUUCAGUUUUUAGUACAAGCACUAUGGAGUCCAUGGGAACAAAGAAGAGGAAGGAUACUUCUCCUUUAGAGAAGGCUUUUAGUAAUGAAGCCCAUGAGGAGCUUGGAAGCUUAAUAGCAAGGAUGUUUUACUCUAGCGGGUUGCCAUUCCACUUUGCCAGGAAUCCAUACUAUAUUCAAGCUUUCACAUUUGCUUGUAACCAUAAUAUAUGUGGUUAUGUCCCUCCAGGGUAUAAUGCUUUGAAAACAACUUUGCUCCAAAAGGAAAAAGCACGCAUUGAGAGAUUGCUACUACCAAUCAAGGGAACUUGGAAAGAGAAAGGGGUGAGUAUUGUCAGUGAUGGAUGGACUGAUGUUCAAAGGAGGCCUCUUAUUAAUUUCAUGGCUGCCUCAGAGAGUGGUCCAAUAUUUCUUAAAGCUGUUAAUUGUGGAGGUGAGAGAAAAGACAAGAAAUUUAUUGCUAACUUGAUGAAGGAGAUUAUUCUAGAUGUUGGUGAGCUAAAUGUUGUGCAAGUUAUUACAGAUAAUACUCCUGUUUGCAAGGCAGCAGGUUUGAUCAUUGAGACUCAAUUUCCCACCAUCUUCUGGACUCCUUGUGUGGUUCAUACUCUUAAUCUUGUAUUGAAGAAUGUAUGUGCUGCCAAACAUACCGAGUCUGAGAGUGAUAUUAUGUUUGAAGAAUGUAGUUGGAUAGCUGAUAUUGUUGGGGAUGUGGUAUUCAUAAAAAAAUUUAUCACUACUCACUCUAUGAGGCUAGCUAUAUAUAACAAGUUUGUUCCUUUGAAGCUUCUCGCAGUUGCCGAGACUAGAUUUGCUUCUAAUGUUGUAAUGUUGAGAAGGUUUAAACUUGUGAAGCGUGGACUUCAAGAAAUGCUUAUUUCUGAUAUGUGGGAUGUUUUUAGGGAAGAUGACGUAGGCGGAGCUAGAUUUGUGAAGGAAAAAAUAUUUGAUGAUGUUUGGUGGGAUAAGAUUGAUUAUAUUCUUUCCUUCACUGGUCCUAUAUAUGAUAUGCUUCGAUUUGUUGAUAUGAAUAAACCUACACUUCAUUUGAUUUAUGAGAUGUGGGAUUCUAUGAUUGAGAAUGUUAAAAAGGUUAUAUACAGACAUGAAAUCAAACAAAUGAAUGAGGAGUCAAGGUUUUUCUCAGUGAUAUAUUCUGUUCUUGUGGAUAGAUGGACCAAGAGCAUUACACCUCUUCAUUGCUUAGCACAUUCCUUGAAUCCUAGGUAUUAUAGUGAGGCAUGGCUUAAUGAGGAUUCUACUCGAAUUGCUCCACAUAGAGAUGAAGAGAUUUCGGAAGGGAGAAACAAAUGUUUGAGAAAAUAUUUUCCAAAUAAUGAGGAUAGAAAGAAGGUGAAUGUGGAAUUUGCUAGAUUUUCAGAAGCUAUGGAUGUAUUUUCUGAAUAUGAUUCUUUGUCUGAUAGAGGAGCUCUUGAUCCGAAGGCAUGGUGGUGUGUUUAUGGUUCUCCUGCUCCUUUACUGCAAAGUCUAGCGUUGAAGCUACUUUAUCAACCAUGCUCUUCUUCUUGUUGUGAAAGAAACUGGAGCACCUAUUCAUUUAUCCACUCGUUUAAAAGGAAUAAAAUUCAACCACAACUUGCUGAAGAUUUGUUGUUUGUACACACAAAUCUUCGUCUUCUUUCGAGAAAAAGCGAGCAAUAUAGUAAAGGAGAAUCAAGAAUGUGGGAUGUGGCUGGAGAUAGUUUUGAUCCAUUAGAUGGUGUUGGGGAACUUGAAAUCGCUAAUCUAUCUCUCGAUGAACCAGAAUUAGAAGCGGUGUUAUUUGGUCAGGGUGAUGAUGCUCAGGAUAAUGUUAUUGGUGAAUGAUGAAUGGUGAUUGAUAAAUGAUGAACAAUAUGUUGUUAUGAGUUUCAUGAUUCUAUCUUUUGUUGUUUUUUUUGUUUUGUUUUGUUAAGGAUGAUGUACUUUUUUUUCUUUUUCAGGGCAAGGUAGGAGCUUCUCUUAUUAGUACUUGUGUAAAAUUUUGUAGAUAUUGUUAUUUUGUUCAAAUAUAUGUAAAUAUGUACAAGUAAUAUUUAUAGAAGGCGUAUCCUCUUGUUCA